AUGAGUGGAAGCAAUAAUGGUUUGCAGAAAAAAGUGUCUGAUGCUUACCCAAAUGCUGUUUAUGUACAUUGCCGUUCUCAUGUUCUCAAUCUAGCACUUGCAGGCGCUUGCACAGGUAUUGAUAAUGUUCGGGAUUUGUUUGACAUUGUAGCCAAGAUCACAAGUUUUUUGGGAGAUGGUGCUAAAAGAAAGGAAAUGCUUAAACAGAAUGCAGCGACUGAGGCCAAUGACGAAUUAACAGCCUUAUUAACAGAGAGUGGUAAUGAUGACAACGAGGAGGAGGAGGAUGAAGAUGAAAACGACGACGAUCAUGGCCUUCAUAAGUCAAAUAAGGCAAUCUUAAGAGGAGCAAAGAAGAAAACCGUUCCAAAGCUUUGUCCCACCAGAUGGAGUUCAAGGGUGGAAACCCUAUCUGCCUUGAUGGCCAAGUAUUCGUCGGUCAUGGAAACACUUGAGCAAAUCGCAGCCCAAAACAAAGGGGAGCCGAGGCACAAUGCCCAAUCAUACAUUCGCCUAAUGGAAACUCCACAGUUUAUCGUAGCACUUGUUGUGGUUCAGUUCAUUCUGAGUUUUACAGCAGCAGUCACCAAAAUACUGCAGGCAAAAGAAUGCAAUCUUGGUGAUGCAUAUGAUGAAGUAAACGGAGCAAAAGAAUGCAUAAGAGCUUCGCGCGCAGAUGAUUCCUGGAUUAAACUGUGGGGAAAAAUUCAGUCGAUAGGAACAGCGCUUGGGAUUGAAAUAACUAAGCCACGAACUGCGGUAAAUCAACGCCACCGUGCAAAGAUUAUUACAGAAUCAAUGUCUACUAUCCUUUUAUUGAUCGUGUUGUUGAAGAGAUUGAGACAAGAUUCAAAGUCCAGCACAAAGGAUUAA